AUGCUGUCAACCUUGUCGAGCCACCUCCGCAGUCGUCGCGUGAUCCUCGCAUCACAGAGUCCUCGUCGCUUGGAACUUCUUCGCGAUUGCGGUCUCACAUUCGAGGUAAUUCCAUCCACCUUCGAGGAAAAUCUGCCCAAGGAGCGGUUCCCGACGCCCGACCUCUAUGUGAUCGAGAACGCCAAGCAGAAGGCGCUAGAAGUGCUGAACCGCGUGUCCAAAGACAAGAACGCAGGUGACCAGCUCCCGACAGUCGUGAUCGGAUGUGACACCGUUGUGGUCCAGGACGGAGUGAUCCUGGAAAAACCCAAAGACGAGCAAGACGCCUUCAAGAUGCUGACCCAGCUGUCCGAUCGUCCCCACGAUGUGUUCUCUGGUGUGGCGCUCUUCACCGCUGAGAGGGGCGUGGACAACCCGCACCUCUUUUUCGAGAAGACGAGUCUGGUCUUCGGUCCGCUGGAGCCUGAAGAUAUUCGCGCUUACAUCGCGACGGGGGAGCCGAUGGACAAGGCAGGGUCGUACGGACUGCAAGGUCGAGCACGGUGCUUCGUGCAGGAGGUUCAUGGCUGCACCAACAAUGUAAUUGGCUUCCCGGUGCAACGCUUUUGCAAGGAACUCAAGCUGCUAGCAGCUCGCAACGAACUUUAG